AUGGCUGCUAUGGAGGACACUUGUGGCUUAAGCCGCCCACCUCUGAAAAAAGCAAAGCAAAAACUGAAGCACUUAAUGUCCUAUAAAGCCGGAGGAUGUGCUAAGACUGCUCCCCUAGCUCUUCCAAUGAAGCGUCUUUCUUCCAUAAUUUUACCCCAGUCCCAGGCUCACAAUACAGAGCAGGCGUCAGCUCCUAAAAGUGCUUCCACUCAGUUGAAUGCUCAGACUAUACCACCACCUGCUGAUUUUAUUACAGAAAUUUCCAGGGAACGGGGAAGUAGGCAGGGUUUUUUUUCUCUUUAG